AUGGCGGCUAAACAAGUUGCUCAGACAGUGAGUAAAACAGUGUUCAAACCGCUUCUUUCAACGAGCCAUGUUGAAGCGAGACGCAGAGUGAUGAACCUUUAUCGAGCUUGGUGGAGAGAGGUAUUAAUUAGCGUGUUAUUGACUUCUCUGGAAUAUUUUUAGGGCCAUAAACCAGUGAUAAACAAAGGUGUGCCAGUAAUAUAAGGGGCCAAACGGGUAUGUGAUUUUACUUAGAGCCUUACACUAUUUGAGGGCUGGUAAAGUGGAUUAGAUGAUUUACAUGCGUAAGGGGGAAUAUUGGAAUAAAAUUUAAAAGGGUUUAAUGGGAACUGACCUGAUCACAAAAGCUUUACAGGUCAAAUCAGGACGUAACAAAUCGAUCGAAAUCGAUCAUCGAAAACGUAGUCGUUAAUUAAGUCGAUAGUACUCGGUAUUUUUCGAUACUUUUCGUUCGAUAAGAUUAAUUAGUCAAUAAAAGUCGACAAUCACAAGAUUUUCAACUGAUUAUCAAACCUAUAGACAGAAAGUGAGUUACAAUUGGUUGUGAAGUAAGCCGAAGCAGUAAUAUAUAGAUUUAGCCAGGGCUAAAAGCGAAGCUCCCGUUAAUAAAUUCAUAAUUUAAAUCAAACAAUAAACUUGUAAUCCACAGAUCAGUGCACAUUCAUGUGACUUUUGAGGCAAAGGCUAAGUGAUUUUAGAGAAAAAUAAUUUGACAGUCCAAGAGUGAAACAAAUUUAAUUUUACAUCAAGUUAAUAGUCUUAUUUGUACAUCCAAAAAAAGCAAUCAUGUUCGAUCACAGUAGAUUAGGCCUGGAAAACAAAUAGACCUAUUCGUGUAUUAUAUUUGCAUUAGCUGUUGCAUCAUAAUGUGGCAUUCACUGCUCUCCAACAAUGCUCCGUUAGAGAGACUAUGCAUGGACAACCGCGAAAUAUAAUUUUAAGAAACACUCGCAACGAUAGUCCUUGGUGGCAGCCAAUUUACACGUUGCAUUCCUCUGUCUAAAAGAGAGGUCAAAAUAAAAAAUCAGGCCAGAUUUUUUGUGUUCGACAAGUUUAGUUUACUAGUAAAUCUUGGCGACGAAUCUGGUGGCGUGUAAACCAGCCUUUUAAACAUACUUUUCCUCACCACAUCUCAGGUAAACAGUACUAUGAGGCCCUUUUUUUUAUCAUACAGACCUCGGACAGAAUUUGUUCUUUUUGCUCUAUGAAACCUAUAAUUUUGCAGUUUUGCACAGUUUUGCAAGAGAAUUUGCACUCAUUCAAUAUCCACGACGAUCAAAGCAUGCUCUUCCUUUGCACAACAAAUUAUAGCAUUGAAUUAUAAAACAUAUUCAUGAAGAGAAUUCUAUAAUGCCGGGACUUUUCAGUUAGAAAAAUCUGGUCCUAUGUGAUAUGCAGGGUAAUAAUUAGGGGCUUUUAAUGAAAACGAUAAAAAAAAUUCCCAAAAUCACUUUUCGGCCAGCCGAACAGGUUCUCACUUUUGACAGGCACCGAAUUUGCAGUGUGAUUAAUAGAGUUACCAUUUACGCUUUAACAUGAUAGAGAAAUUGUUAUGUUUAGGUUUUAUUUCUGCAUGCGAUGUUUAUGUUCGCCUGGAAACAACCGGUGCAGCGAUAAAAAUUGCAUGAGGGACUACUAACAAUCAAUAAAAUAAAUAUAAUUCGGUGAAACAUGUGCAGAGACAAUAAUUUUCAUUCACGAAGAGAAGUAUUGAGAGUAAAGUGUCUCUGAAAAUCAUGAGUCAGGUAAGCAUAAGCUUAUUUACGUUUUAAGCCGGCUUCCCAGUGUUUGCUCUUUUUCAAGAUGAACUCGAGGCAAGAAAAUCGCUCAGAGUCUUCUGUUUACAGCCAAAAUCAUAAGUAAAUAAUCUUCGGAAACUUUUCUUUGAAUUUGUGGUCAAAAACUGUCUGAAGGCUUUUUAAACCUAAUACUGUUGUAGGUUUAAUCAUAACUAUAACAAAAUUGUCAAAUCUGAUUGGCAAUCAACUGCCCGGGCCCUGAUUUCAGCCUUAAUUGGACAGUACGCGUCAUGCCUGAGUAAUUGGACAGUACGCCCCAUCACGUGCGUGCUUAAAUGGCUUUUUUUUUUUUCACUGCUAGCAGAACAAAAUUUCGAAUUUCUUGUGUUUUGAUUUAAAAAAUAGCCUAUUAUAUUACAAAUUUUGUUAAAGUUAUGAUUAAUUGGUAACAGAACUUCGUCUCGUCCAAUUCGGUCUGUAAUCAUACUCAUGAUUAAACAAAUCGGACUCCCGCUAUGCGGUCGUCCGAUUUUGUUAAUCACUCGUAUGAUUACAGACCGAAUUGGACUCCACUCAGUCCUGUUACCAUUACAUAUCAUUGCUCGUGCAGCUCGUGUGUAAACUUAAGCCACAUAAACUAUACGCUCGACUUCAGGAAACCGAAAAAAUAAACACAUCAAAGACAACAAUUGCUCAGGCUUACCAGUCGAGAUGCUGCUUCUGAAGGUCAUCAAGUGUUCCAGAAUUGCUUGAGACUUUUCAACCCUCUUACACCUCAAACAAGGGCAAGUGAGCAAGCUCGUUUUUGAAGAUGAUGCCAUCCGAAAUCGGAUUUCCAAUGACUUUGACAAGCGGUGCAUUUGUCAACAAAAUGCGCAAUAAACAAACCAGCCAUGAAUUACAGAACAAUCUUGAAAACAGCUGUAUUUCAUUUUGUACACCAAGUAGAAAAAGAGAGUUUAAAGCAUCACAAGAUGACACAAAACUCUGUCAGCUCCAGCUCCAGUGAGCAAGUUUCCAGACGCUGCAUAAAUUUUCCACAUGAACUUACCUGUCAAAUUUUGACCAAUCAGAACAUAAAAAUUGGACGUAAAGCGUGAUCAACGCGUGACAGUGAGAAAAGUCAAAAGUGAUUGCUCUCCCUGCAUGUAAAUGUAAAAGCCAGUUGAAUGUUCGUGUCCGAGGUCAGUUCGAAAUAACAUUUUAAAAAUGCGCCUCAUGAACACGACUUAUUUCAUAUGCAUUUUUAAAAAAAUUUAACUUGAGCAUGCGAUCAUUUGAAAAGUACUAACUUGUCAGCGGAUGCCUUUAAUAAAACACUCGAACUCAGUGGGUCGAUACCUGAGCCCGCGAUACGGUCAGGCGAUACUGGUCAGCAGAAACACUAUUUUGACAACUGUCAAUUAAUCAAAGCAUGGAUGUUCAGGUUUUGGGCUCCUAAACUAGUUAGAAAGUCUGAGAUUAAACAUUGGUAGGCCUGUGGUGCCUGUGCCGAAUUUUCUAGGAUGGUUAGAUUUUCUAUGCUGUGGUGCUUCGAAUUGAGCCUGUGAUCAAAUAAAAUAAUUAUCAGCGCAAAACUUUAAACACUAAAUUAACCUCAAUGGAUAAAAAAUGAGCCCGCAAUACACUCAGGUGAUGAUGGUCAGCGUAUACUCUAGUUUCACAACUGUCAAUUAACCUUCAUUAGAAUGGAGAAUAUUCGAAUUAACAGACUUCGAGUGUGAGUAAGACAUAUCCGUCCGGUGUGUAGUAGAAAAUGCCAGAUCGUGUACCCUGACCUGAGCCCACGUUAUUAUUAUUACGUUAUCACGUCCUUUGAUAGUGGUCUGCACAUGUCCCAUUUUGACAGCUGUCAAUUGACCAUAAUUUGGCUUGCCAAUGUAACUUUAAACGACUGUCAGCUAGCUGACAGCCUUGCCCGGCGUAGUUUCGUUUUUAUGUUGAAUUGAUGAGUGUGACAUAUUACAUCAGCUUAUAUGUAGGGGCAAAAUGACUGGUCUUUCAUCUGAGCCCGCGAGAUGGUCAUGUGAUAAUUGUCAGCGGAUUUUGAUUUUGACAUCUGUCAAUCUAAUUGUACUCAUACGGAUGGUUUACAUGACUAAGAGGCUAGUCAAGUUGUGACAUUUGACAUCGGCUUACAUGAAUUGUGUGUACUGGUGGGCGGGUGGGCGUAUGGUAUGUCAUAACCAAAUUUUCUCGGAUGGAUAGUUUACCAAAUUUUCUUACCCAUGGUGCUCCACUGCGCGUGCGCAAAGCUCGCGCGAGAGCUCCGCUAUUAAGUUAAUAUAGCUCAAAGGGUAUUUUUUUUUACAUAAAUAUCCUUCCAACCCCCAUUUUGAGCUACAGCUGGUGUGUUGCAGACAGUGGGUGUCGUGUAGCCUCUAAAGUUUUAAUGAAAAGUGACCUUCUAUCACAGCUGGCCCAAAAUCAUGUUACCAGGAAAGCCGUGAAAGUUGAUGUAGAAUGUGACCAUUGAGUGAGUUGGUUUUGCAUUGGUGAACCAGCUCCAUGUCAUGUGUAGAAGCUAGGAUCCUUGUCUUCUCCAACACCUACCAGUAAUUGUAAUUAGCUUUGUCUUAGAAAACAAUAGUAAUAAUUAAAAAAAAGAGAGAGAAAAAAGAGUAGCUAAUAAAAAAAAAUGUUAACAUGGAUAAAUCAGGCUCAGUACACGUACAUUUAGGAAUCUGGUCCAUGAUAAAGGAUGAUUCAAGCUCAACAAAAUUAUUGUCUUCACGGUGGCCAAUUUAUCUUACAUGUAUCUCUCAUCUUCAUGGUAAACUGAUGUCAAAAUCAAGUGUACCAUACUGCAAAGGUGUUUUUAGGAUUAUCAAGUAUCAUUAUGUAAUUUACUUGGCUGAUUUAAAUUCCUAUUUGGCUGUUUUGUUCGUUUGUUUGUUUUGAUUAUAUUUUGAUUUAUUUUUUUUGGACACUAUCUGAAGUGAAAGGGUUCAAAUAAGAAUUAAUAACUGUUUGCUUUUUGUACAUGUAAGGUUCCACACACCAUCCAGGCAUAUGCCCUUGAAAUCACUUCAAAGAUUGGACGUGCAAAGGUGCGAGAAGAAUUUAUGAGGAAUGCUCAUGUUCGUGACAUUAGGGUUAUUGACAUGUUGGUUAUAAAGGUACGUUUUGCUGUACAGAACAUCAAUCUACAUGUAUUCUAGGUACUGUAACACAGAAGGCCUACAUGUAACAAUAACAUAAUAUCUAUACAUGCACCAAGUGGUUUAGCAGUACAAUGUACAUGUAGGUAAGGCUGUCACUACCAUUUCAAGUUGCGAGGUAAAUUCAACAAGCAGAUGGGUUAUUAAACAGCUAGGGAUUUCCUUUGGUUCUACAUGUAUCUACUUUUGUUGUCCUUCGAAAGUAGCCAGAGGUCUUGUUUAUUGUCGCAGGGGGAAAAGCCUGGCUCCCAGCUUUAAAUGAGGGGUCAAACCUGAUUAAACUCUGUCAGCUGUGCCAUUUGGCAAGUUUAUUUUUUGUCCCACGGAUUUGUCACUUCAAGAAAGUAAGGCAAAAAAAGGAAACCCGUAUAAAUUUUAAGAAAGGAGGCCUUUACAUAGCUGUCCAGCUAAUUCACCAGGGCCUUAUUACUACUCAAACAUACUAAGUUUAAAAACAUAGCAUCUAUUUGUAAUCAAAUAAUUAUUUGAAACUUAUAGAGAUAAUGUUUUCUUGCAUGCCUGCAUUCAGGUUGCAAAGUAAAGUAUCCCUUUUGUUAACAUAAACAGAAGGAAAAAAAAUGUCUGGACUGGACUGGACUGCAUGUGUUUUUCUUAAUUGUAGCAGGCUACAUGUACGUAUAACCAGCUUUGGUUAAUUUUGUUUCCGUUGUACUUUGUGACUGAAACACAUGGAGUAGGAUUUUCUUAUUACUUUUAGUUUAGAGUGCAAAAAGCUAAAUCAUUGGUAAUACGAAAAGCAGGCUGCAAAUACUAAAGAUCUUGUAUCAAAGGGGAAUUUGAUGUUUGAUCAGGGGUGUCUUACUUUUUAUCUCCUUACUCCACACAUUUCUACCCUUGCAGCUUACCUCAAGAACGUAAAAAAAAAAGAAUUAAAAAAUAGUAAUAAUGGCAUGAUCAUUUCUGGUUUUUGCGUGGAAUACAUUCACUUCAAAUGAAGGAUAACCUGAUAAAAGCCAAUCAUCUUUGCAGUACUUUUUGUUUAGGGUUUAGGGUUCAUUGCUGGAAACCUCAAACUUGACUAUUGUGAGUUCAAUUCCUGACUCACUGUGCAUAUUGAACUACAAUCACGCCUGUACUGCUCCCCUUAUGUUGACUAUGGAAUUUGUAUUCAAGAGAGUGUGGUCUGUAGGACGGCAACAUUUAAUGCCCUUCAAAACUAACAUUUAUGAUUUGUUGUUUAUUCUUGUGACAGGGUAAAAUGGAGCUUGAAGAAACUCACAACAUGUGGAAGCAGAAGACGCAUGUCAUGCGAUACUUCAAAGAAAGUGAAAAACCAAGAAAAACUGACUUCCUAGCCAAAUUUUAUGAUGGUUAUGAUUAAUUUGUGAUUCUAUCUUUCAUCUCAAGCCAAAAUUUAAUUCUUAAAUUAGUUCGUUAAGUGGUAAUUAAGAGUGAUUUCAGUUAAAUUUGUUUGUGUUUAACAGUUUCUAUAACACUGAAAGUGCUAAUUUUUUUGUAAAUAAAAUUCUGGUCUACAUGUGUUUCAAUGCCAUUGUUGGAAAAAAUCUCUUCUCUUCAAAAAGAGGAGGUG